AUAAGCAUAUUUGGGGCAUUACUUACGUAUCACGGCCCAAGAACAUUUCAGAAUGUUUUCCUCGAAACUGAUACCUUACAGGCCUCACGACUACAAAUACGAUCCCAUAUUUACAGUUUCGGGUCCAGCAGAUCAUUACAAAGCUGCUAUGGUGGCGAAAAUGUCGUCGUUAAAAUUCCAAAUAUGCCCGGUUUUCCCGAAUAUGUUUUCGGAUUUGCCAAGCCACCCCAGAAUUCAAUUAGUCCAAAGAAGAACCCCACCCGUACAAUCUUACGCAGAAAAGCUACGCAAUUCGCGAAAGAGAGAUGCGGCACUGACCAGACCUGUGGACCUACGCGGUGCAGAUAGGGCAAAAUUUAUUUGCGCAGUAAUUAAUUUACCACCCAAGGGAUUUAUGCCCUAUGCUGCUCAAACGCCUUCGUUUAGUAUUCAGAGGCAAGACCAACAGAGAUCCGAACAGGCCGCAACAUCGAGUAUUAUUCUUGCGGCCAAUGGUCAAAAGAACACAAAAGAUGCUCAAGUUGAAACCGUGUAUAGGGAUUCGACCGCGCAAACAGUACCUUGGCAACCUGACCACAAAAUCGUCGGUGAUGGUGAUCCGGAAAUAUUAAAACUGGAUUUUUUGAAGUGGGGAAGCGGUUUGCCUGUUGGCAUGCACGAGGUUAGACUAAUCGAACGAGCAAGGAUGAAAAGGGCCUGGGAAAAUGUGAUCAAGCCCAACAUAAAUGAUGAAGCAUCGCUAAUGAAGUUUAGGGAUUAUGUUGAAGCAUUGGAAAGGGACGAAUGGGUUUUUAGGGAGGCGGAGAUACAAGAAAUUCAAGAGCUUAGGUUGGGCCUUUUAGAACAAAUGCUCGGUGAAAUUCACGAAAAAGCGGCGGAUAGGACAGAACGCAAACUGAACAAUUUUAUGAGGAUUCAACUAAAGCGCAAACAAGAACAGCUCGAGAAAGUGCGCAAAAAAGCGGCUAGAGAAUUAAGAAAACUGAAUUUGGCCCAAAACCGGCUGGGGUGUAAGUAUCGAGAAGAGAACAUAAUUGAAGAACAUACCUCCAAAAAGUCGGAAAUAUACGGUCCACUGAUGAGACACGGCGAACAUCCGAAACGCUGGCAUCAUGUUGUGGACGAGAGAUUGAAAAAAUAUAGAGCCCAAUUUAUCGGCGUGGAGCAGUUCAGUACACUUCCCCGAUGGUUGGAUCGAGCUACCGAACUAAGGAAAUUUGAUAAAAAGGAAAGUAAACGUGGACCACCGCAGCUAUGCAUUAGGGAAACCAAAUGGACAACUCCCGUACUUGAACAGCUGCACGACGAACUUAAAAAUCUCAAAAAGGGACGUCGAAAACCGCCUUGCACUUUACGCAUUAGAAACAAAGAAACUGUAGAGGAUUCCAAUACGCCGGAAGUAGAAGGUAUCCCUCAGGAGUUGGAAGACCAAUACCAAGCAAUGGUGUUUUUGCAAAGUGUUAUUAAAGGCAGAGCCGUCCAAAUGCUGGUGCACGAAGGUAGAGACAAUUGCAAAGAGUUAAUCGGGGAAUUGAAAAAUUCGGUUGGCUUGCUGAAGGAACAAAAGGAGCUCCGCGCCAAAGAGAAAAACAAAGUUAGGUCCCAGCAACGCGAAGAAGCCAUACAGAGUGUCAUGGUUUCGCGUUUGCAAAGCACCCUCGGAAAGUUGCAAGGGCAAGUAGUCGGGUCGAUUUUGGAUUUCCUGAACAAAGAAUUGAGGAGGUUGCUGGAGGAGCGCAAAGCCCACGCGAUUUGCUGGGCCAACGAGCGCGAAAGGAAUAUUCGCGAAGCCGUAGAAGCGGGCCGCAGGCAAAAGGAGAUACGGCGCAGGAAAGAACAUGACGAGAUGUUCAAGCAAGUGGUAACAGUGGUUCAUGAUUCGGUGGACGUGUACCUGCAAGAGAUAAUAACUGAAGGGAUAGAGUUCGCGUCGAAAGAGGAGGCGACCAACUAUGUAAUGAAGUUGGCCUCGAAACUGGAGGGACAAAUUGACGAAAUCGAUAAAGCGUACUCUACGGAAGGCGUUGAACCCCAAGAUGAAAUGAUUGCUGAUCUGGUUCAUCAUUUUGUAUUGCCCGAUAUCGAAAAAAAUAUCAUCAGGCAGAAAAUGCUCAAAAAGCAGAAAGAAAACUUGAAACUUAUACACGACACCAUUUAUUCAAACAUUGAAACUAUACCAAAAUCGGAUACUCCUAGUACAUCUACAGAUGCAUCAGGCUUUCCAAAUUCCCCUGCAGUUGACUUCAACUCUAGUGGUAAUGAAAUACCAAUAACGCACCCUGAUGCUUUGGAAAUAUAUCUAUCCAUGCUUGCUGCACAAGAUGAUGAUCAAUUAGAAACCCAAAGAGGUCCCUUUGAAAUGCCUGAAAUAUUAUCCACCCAGCAAGGAUUUACCAACAAUUUGGAAACUAUCCCAGAAAUUACUGAAAGUGUGGCUACCACUGCUGAUGAUGCAAAUAUUGAAGAAAUUGAAACUGAUUUAAAUGGAUAA